AUGGACAUACGUCUUCAGACCACAGGAGAGCUGCACACAGGUGUGGGCAGCGAGGAGGAAGCUCGUCCCAUUCUGGGUGAGGACCAUGGCACCGAGAGCAGAGCUCAGAGUUCCAACAGGUCCAGGUUAGACCUGGACAAAGACCUGCCUCCCUUCAAGAGAUUUGAGAGCAGGAUUCUGGGGACCUCUGGAGGAAGUGGUGCUGGAGUUUAUUCAGGGCGACUGAAGAGGAGCCUGCAGAAGAAGUUCCACAAUGUGUCUGAGGGGGUCGCUAUAGCAGGGAGCUCUGCCCCUCUGAAUCAGAUUUACACAGAGCUCUACAUCACUGAGGGAGGUACAGACCAGGUCAACCAGGAGCACGAGGUCCGACAGAUUGAAGCAGCAACCAGGAAGCAGACCAGACCAGGAACUACCAUCAGACAAGAAGACCUCUUUAAAGCCUCACCUGACACAGACCGACCAGUCAGGAGCCUGCUGACGAAGGGCGUGGCUGGCAUUGGGAAGACCCUCCUGACACAGAAGCUGACUCUGGACUGGGCUGAAGACAAAGCCCACCACAACUUCCAGCUGGUGUUUCCUUUCACCUUCAGAGAGAUGAACCUGCUGAAAGAGAAGAAGUUGAGUUUGGUGGAACUUGUUCAUCUCUUCUUUCCUGAAACCAAAGACUCAGGACUCAGCACCUUUGAAGGAGUCCAGGUUCUGUUCAUCUUGGAUGGUCUGGAUGAGUGUCGACUCCCUCUGGACUUCAACAGUCGGGUCCUGACAGAAGCUACAGAGUCCACCUCAGUAGACGUCCUGCUGACCAACCUCAUCAGAGGGAAGCUGCUUCCCUCAGCUCACCUCUGGAUGACCACACGACCUGCAGCAGCCAAUCAAAUCCCUCCUGAGUAUGUGGACAUGGUGACAGAGGUCAGAGGGUUCACUGACCUCCAGAAGGAGGAGUACUUCAGGAAGAGAUUCAGAGAUGAGGAGCAGACCACCAUCAUCUCUCACAUCAGGAGCUCACGAAGCCUCCACAUCAUGUGUCACAUCCCCAUCUUCUGCUGGAUCACUGCCACAGUUCUGGAAAACAUGUUGAAGAGCAGAGAGACCGGACAGCUGCCCAAGACCCUGACUGAGAUGUACAUCCACUUCCUGGUGGUUCAGGCCAAGGUCAAGAAGCUCAAGUACCAUGGAGGAGCUGGGACAGACACAGUUUGGGAUCCUGAGAGUUGGGAGAUGAUGGAGUCUCUGGGAAAAUUGGCUUUUGAGCAGCUGCAGAGAGGAAACUUGAUCUUCUAUGAAUCAGACCUGACAGAGUGUGGCAUCGACAUCACAGCUGCUUCACUUUACUCAGGAGUCUUCACACAGAUCUUCAGAGAGGAGAGAGGACUGUACCAGGAGAAGGUCUUCUGCUUCAUCCACCUGAGUCUUCAGGAGUUUCUGGCUGCUCUUCAUGUCCACCUGAAGUUCUUUAACUCUGGAGUCAACCUGCUCCAUCCACAGCAGACAAUAGGAAACAAGCAUCACAUCAAACAGUUCUACCAGACAGCAACAAGUGUUGCUUUAGAAAGCUCAAAUGGACAUCUGGACUUGUUCCUGCGCUUCCUUCUGGGUCUUUCUCUGCAGACCAGCCAGAGGUUCCUUCCAGGUUUGUUGACACAGACAGGAAGUAUCUCCUGGACUCAGCAGGACACAGCAGAGCUCAUCAAGGAGAAGAUAAGGGAGAAAGUGUCUCCAGAGAGACUCAUCAAUCUGUUCCACUGUCUGAGUGAAGUGAAGGACACUUCUCUAGUGGAGCAGCUCCAACAGCAGCUGAGAUCAGGAGCUCUCUCCACAGAUCAAUUGUCUCCAGCUCAAUGGUCCACUGUGACCUUCAUCUUACUUUCCUCAGUGGAAGAUCUGGACGUGUUUGACCUGAAGAAGUACUUUGCUCCGGAGAGAGGGAGACGUAUGUCCCCGAAUAAUUACCCUCUUUCAGAGGAGGCUCUUGAGAGGCUCCUGCCGAUGGUCCAAGCUUCAAAGAAAGUUCUACUGAGCAGGUGUGGACUGUCAGAGAGAAGUGGUUCCCUUCUGUCCUCAGUCCUCAGCUCUCCGUCCUCUACUCUGACACAACUGGACCUAAGCUGCAACAUCAACCUUAAGGAUCCAGGAGUGGAGCUGCUGUCUGCUGGACUGAAGAGUCCACACUGUCACUUGGAGAUUCUCAGCCUGAGACACUGUGGACUGUCAGUGAGAAGUGGUUCCCUCCUGUCCUCAGUCCUCAGCUCUCCGUCCUCUAGUCUGACACAACUAGAUCUGAGUGAGAACGUCAACCUGAAGGAUCCAGGAGUGGAGCUGCUGUCUGCUGGACUGAAGAGUCCACACUGUCACCUGCAGAUUCUCAGCCUGAGACUCUGUGGACUGUCAGAGAGAAGUGGUUCCCUUCUGUCUUCAGUCCUCAGCUCUCCGUCCUCUAGUCUGACACUACUGGACCUGAGUGAGAACAUUCUGAAGGAUCCAGGAGUGGAGCUGCUGUCUGCUGGACUGAAGAGUCCACACUGUCACCUGGAGACUCUAAGUCUGAGAGAGAGUAACAUCUCAGAGAGAGGCUGUGCUUCUCUGGCCUCUGCUCUGACCUCUAACCCCUCCCAUCUGAGAGAGCUGGACUUGAGCCGCAACCAUCCAGGAGGACCAGGAUUGGAGCUGCUGUCUGCUGGA